AUGAGAUUCACCGUCGCCGCCGUCGCAUUCUUCCUAGGUGUUGCGCUUGCAACUCCCGCUCAGGUGAAAGACAGAAGCCCGAUGUUCCACAAGGACGUUGACUGGAGCGAUGUGGACGACGAGAUCAAGGAUGAGCGUGACCCCGACGGCACAGUCGUCUACGACGGCAAGCACAUCAUCAGCUACAAGGCCGACGGCAAGGAGCUCGCGAAGAUCGACGUCAAGGACGGCCCGAAGGUGGACAAGUUCAAGCGCGCAUCCGCCGCCGCCGCGCUGGUGGAUGGCCUGCCGACGCUCGACAAGAGAUCGGGUUGCGGGGGGGAAUGCAUAGCCAACAAUAACUGCACCGACGCGGCGUGCCCCAACUGCGGCCUCAAUGGCCAGCCCAACCCCUACGUAUACCCGUCCAUGUACUGCUGGUAA